GAUACGGCGCACCAUAAAUAAGACAUCAAACCCUUCACUUUGUGUUGCUUGAGUCCCGACUGACGUAGGUAUGGCUUUUGUUUGGGUUAAUUGUUAAACCACACCUUUUGGAAAACGCCACCCUCAAACUCGUUCGGCCACAAUUUCCGGAGUGAAAAGAAUCUGUUCAAACCGCACAGGGGCAGAAAGGAUUCCCCGAGCAGCAGUGAGCCCAGCCAGCACCACAUCCAGGCAGGGACUCAGCCAGUGAUGAAGUCGCUUACAUACUUGGUGUUUCUCUCUGCUCUGUGUGGCGCUGGAUAUGGAGUUCCAGAGCUGGUAGAGUAUGACCCUGAAAUAUUGCAAGCUCCAGUGGUAGGAAAAGUCACUCAGACAACAGCUACAUUUGAACAACCACUCUGUGUAUUUGAUAAUAUUGAAACUUCCUGCAGUUUCUGUGAGGUUUGGUUGGUUGUCGAUAACGUAACAACGCAGUCAGCCUUCGACAGGAAUAAUUCGCACGUGAAUCCUAAAGAUUUUAUGUCUGGAGCUUUUUCGAAGAAUGGUUUUUACCUGACCGUAAGGACUGCAAGAAAUCAGUAUCAAUGUCGUUCGGGUAUAUCUAAUAUUACUAUGCUCUACACCAUUCGAGUUGGAAAUGAAUCACCUUGUGUAACUGACAACUGCAACAAGCCCUUACCUACUGGUUCCACUUUCAGAGUGCGCUAUAUUUUGAGGCAUCCAUUUAGAACCUCGGACAACGUUGUUGCAGUGACAAGGUGGUCCAGCAAUGUCAAGCUUCUGGAUGCUGUGGAUCCCAAUAACCUCGACGCCUUGACAAGUCGCAGUGGAGGCAUGGUUGUCUUAACAACCAUUCUCUCUAUUCUGCUCUUUUUGCUGCUGUUAUUGUUUAUCGCUCUGCUCGCCAUGUUUUGUUGCAGAAGAUCCGGCUCAAGCAAUUUUUCUGAACCUAUAACCACAUUUGGCUCCCUUCGCCGAUACAACACCCACAGCUUGCAAAACAAAGGAAACAUCAUCACUACCAAAGGGAACUUCUAAAGCAAUGGGGAUGAUGCUAGUACAGACUAUAUCUACAUGAAUCCAGCAGCCGCCUUCCCCCCGAGAAGCUCACUCACUCUCUGAUUACACAGCAGAAUAUCCCAGGCAACUUUGCUGGGCAGGAGUUUGGAACAAUGAAGUGUUCAAUGCUGAUGAUCCAGACGUUUACUGUGGAUAAUCCCAUGGUCAGUUUCUCUCCCUUUUAGGUAACAGAGGUCUCCUUUCUCAACGUGAAAAUAUGCAUGUAAAGUGAUAGAAAAAUGUUUUGUAUUUAAGUUGAGGAAUGACUGUUCUAAACCUCCACACUUGUACACUCCACCACUGCCUGAUAUGUUGGUUGCACACAUCAUCCUUAACCUUACAGCAAGGAAAAACCUUUCUACUACUGUUAUAGAAUCUACAUGAAGCCCAUUUUGUCCCAAAGAGUCCAACAGAGUUUGACUCAAUGUAUUACUAUUGCCUGAUCUGGCACUGGUUCACAGAGCAAUAACAUUGCUGCCCAAUUCUUGGCCUUUCAGAAUCAGAAUCAGGUUUAUUAUCACCAGUAUGUGUUGUGAAUUUGUUAACUUAGCAGCACCAAUACAAUAUAUAAUAUAGAAGAAGAAGAAAAAAAUAAAGUAAGUAAAUAAAUAAAUUAAUUACAGUAUACGCAUAUUGAAUAGAUUAAAAACGUGCAAAAACAGAAAUAAUAUAUAUUAAAAAGUGAGGUAGUGUUCACAUGUUCAGUGUCCAUUUAGGAAUUGGAUAGCAGAGAGGAAGAACGUGAAUCGCUGUUCCAUUAAGGUGUUCCUGUGUGCUUGGGCAUCUGCCUUUCCUUAUCCAACAGCUGCCCAAUGUGUUUCUGAUAAGCCUUCCACUUCAUCCAGUGCCUGUAUUCUGGGUCACUGCCAAGGAAUGGGUUCAGUUCCAUUAGGGUUUUCUUGUGGAUAGGGAACUCAUUGCAGUCCAAUGUAUGAACUUCUACUUCCCCGCUGCUGCCCCACGCUCUGCCAAUUUUCCUAAAUAUUUUCUAAGCAAUAAAAAGCACUUUUCCACUAUUAAGCUCUUUUGAUCAGUAUGCUGCUGGGUCAAAGUGCUGUUGUAUCAAUCUCACACUGGUGUUUCCAGUUGCAUCAGGUAACUGAGUUGGUAUUGAGAUGAACACACAGCAGCAACCUCUGAUGCACACUGUUUAGUCUAAGCGCACGCAACUCUGUGCUAGAAUAAGCUAGAAUGGAAAACUGGCCAUAGCUCUAAAUUUCUGGAUGGAAAUUUUUCCCCAGUGCCGAGGAAACCAUUAAAACUUGGAGAACUUUGAACAUUUUUUCUUUGCACUGCAAGCAAGGCACUACAUGCAUAAAGAAAGAUUCAAAACCAAGUGGAUAUUGUAGAGAUCUGUUUGAGAAUCUUUCAGAUAGGAAGAGACUAAAAGUGAAAUGUAUGGCAGGUGAGAGGCAUUCCUCAUUUCACAACAUCGCCUUUGGUACCUAACAUCAAUGAACGUAUGAAUGAUACUAUUAUGUGAGAAUAGCUUUAGGCUCUUGGCUCCAAUCAUGAGCACAUUACUAAUCUGGCACCAUUUCUAUCUGAGUUUUUAUAGAUGGGUCUAGCAAGCUAAUGACUUCCAAGAAUUCAAACCUUUCUAAUUGUGAUUGUAACAUAAUACACCCAGCGUUGCAUUCACAGUGUUAUUACAGUUGUUGAAGAUGAUGCACUAACAUACAGAGUAUUAGAAUUCACUGUUUUCCCAUAAGGUAGAUUGAGUUAGCUAUGCCACCCAGAAAGGAGAGAUAAUCCAGCCCAGUUUCUUCCUACGGCGAAGCGGCAAAUGUCUGAGGUUUAGACACCUUUACAACAGCAAUCGAGGACAAGGAAAAGGCAGAUAAAUUAACUCUUGAUCAGGCAAUAUUUGUGAAGUCACAUGGUAGAAAGCCCAGAGGGGAAACUGCAGAAAAAAUGGAAUGGAUGUUGGAGUGUUGAACAGAAAAGACUCAGGAAUGCUGAGUGGUUGGUUUGCAUUGAGAAGCACUAUAUUCAGAUGUACUGAGGACCCAAAGAGUAAGCUUUGGAACACCAGAAUUUACAGCCACAUGCCUUGUGACAUUUGAGACAAUCCACCCUUUGGUAGCUUUGUGUAGAGCCUUACCACCCUUAGGACAAGAGUAGAAAAAUCCCCAAAAACUGGAAUCUGCCUCAAGACCGGGAUACAUUACAAGUUUUGUUCUAUGGUGACCCGAAGAACAAAAUGUGCACCCAGGAAGGGACAUGGAGAAGCAUGCCUAGAGGUUAAACAUGAUGUUAGCAGCAGGUAAAGGCAAAACUGCUGAAACUUACCAGAGGCUCAGUGUAGGCAUGGAUUGCAGAGUGACAAACAUGACUGUAUGGUGAAGGGGAAAGCUGUAGUGGUACAGAAGUCUGCUGAGAGAACUUGUUGUUAGUAUAACAUUGAUUAGAAUUACAAUGCUAUGUGAGUUUCUGAAACAUGAUAUGACUUUUGACCUUGAGAGCAUUUUGAACACAAAUACAGGGAAGUUGCUGCCUGCUGGUGCUAUCAUGUGAGUACUCAGUUCUUCCUGAGGUUAGUAACAUUUAAAAAAAAUAGAUUUGUUGCGUGAGCUUGCACAAUACAGCAACAACGAAAGAUCCCAAUCUCAGAUAUGUGGCAGGUUGAUGUGCUAAGAAAACCUGCCCAGUUCUAUAAAGUGACAUUUAUUCUGCGUGAUAUUUUAUGAAAUAGUUUUAUAUAUUAUAUGUUACCAUGGUUCUUUUGUCCAUUCUUAACACUGACGGGGGGUAUUGUAUACGUAAAAUGUAAAUUAAUUCCUAAUAUAAAAUAAUAAAAACAGCUUAAAAUUA